GGCUUUCCGUCUCCGCACUGUACACGUGACCUAGAAAACCUAUAAAUAAGGGUAGCGGGCGUCCAUUGUGUUCACCAGAGAGUCACUGCCGUGCACAACAGACAUUAACAGUAUGGCGUCGACGAGCCGUGGAGACUCUCUUCCCAAGGUGCAAUGCCCCAAUCACCCUGAUGCAAUACUGGUGGAGGACUACAGGGCAGGAGACAUGAUCUGUCCUGAAUGUGGCCUUGUAGUAGGUGACCGUGUAAUUGAUGUAGGGUCAGAGUGGAGAACGUUCACCAAUGAGAAAGCAACUAAUGACCCCUCUCGUGUUGGUGACGCUCAGAACCCUCUCCUCAACGGAGGAGACCUCUCCACCAUGAUCAGCAAAGGAACAGGUGCAGCAAGCUUUGAUGAGUUUGGAAAUUCCAAGUACCAGAAUCGGAGAACCAUGAGCAGCGCGGAUCGAGCCAUGUUGAAUGCCUUCAAGGAGAUCACCACCAUGUCCGAUAGGAUCAACCUCCCCAGAAACAUCAUCGACCGAACAAACAACUUGUUCAAACAGGUUUACGAACAGAAGAGUCUGAAAGGCAGAAGUAAUGAUGCGAUCGCUUCAGCCUGUCUUUACAUUGCGUGCAGACAGGAAGGCGUCCCUAGAACAUUUAAAGAAAUCUGUGCCGUGUCUCGGAUCUCCAAGAAGGAGAUUGGCCGCUGCUUCAAGCUUAUCCUGAAGGCUCUUGAGACGAGCGUGGAUCUCAUUACAACCGGCGACUUCAUGUCACGUUUCUGCUCCAACUUGGGCUUGCCCAAACAGGUGCAGAUGGCGGCCACUUAUAUCGCCAGGAAGGCCGUUGAACUGGACUUGGUUCCAGGACGUAGUCCGAUCUCAGUGGCAGCCGCAGCCAUUUACAUGGCCUCUCAAGCGUCAGCUGAGAAGAAGACACAGAAAGAGAUUGGGGACAUCGCUGGAGUGGCAGACGUCACCAUCCGUCAGUCCUACCGUCUCAUUUAUCCCCGCGCUGCCGAUCUCUUUCCUCCAGACUUCAAGUUCGACACACCAGUGGAUAAACUGCCUCAGCUGUGAACACCCAUGUGCCCCACACUCACCGCUCUUUGUACUUUCAGAAUUUUUGCCCUUUUCUCUUUGAAAUUUGCAAGUUUUGCUCUUCCCCCGUGAAGGCACAAGCCUUUUGAAAAGACGAUGGCAGGGAUUCGACAAAGUACAGAAGACACAUUCCAAGUUAAAUCGCAGAUUGCAGGCUGUACUUUCAUUUGUGUGUAUAUAAAUUGUAUAUAUGUCUAAGUGAGAAUUUGGUGGUUGCAACUAGGCAUAUUUCUUACUGUAACAUUUUCUUUUGUAGGAAAUGAUUUUGUUAGCUUGUUUGCAUUAUAUUUAGUAACUUAAAUAAUAAAUGCUUUUCAGAAAAGCAUGGUGAACAUCUCGGAAAUCCCCAGAACAGGUGUACAGAUACCAUGAGCUUUGAAAGCGUGCAGCUCACGAAUGGUUUUAUUUCCCCUUCUUUUUUUAUUUUACGAGGGGAAUGGUGUGAAGCAGAAGUUUCUGUUCGUGUGUUUCUGUUCCUGUAUCCACAGCUCAGUUAUUAUAAAGAUUUCAUGACACA